AUGGAACCGGGGCCCACGGCGCCCUCCUCCGGCGCCCCGAGGCUGUCCGGGGCUGGGGAGACGCCUCCAGCCGCCCCGCUGGCCGCCGCCGGGAUGGACCUGCCCGGCACAGCCGUGCCCUCAGUGCCGGAGGAUGCUGCGGCUGGGAGCCGUGGCGGCAGUGGGGUCCGCGGGGAGGGCGGCGCGGCGGCCGGCGACGGGCUGGGUAGACCCCUGGGGCCCACCCCGAGCCAGAGCCGCUUCCAGGUGGAUCUGGUUUCCGAGAAUGCCGGGCGGGCGGCGGCGGCGGCGGCUAGCGCUGGGGCGGGAGGCAAGGAGACCCCCGCGGACGGGAAAGCCAGCGUCGAAAGCGGGCAGGCUAAGGCCAGCGAGGAAGCCAAGGGCCGCUUCCGCGUGAACUUCGUGGACCCGGCUGCUUCUUCGUCGGCGGACGAGAGCGUGUCAGAUGCGGCAGGGAUCGGAGGCGACGGGCCCAAUGUGAGCUUCCAGAACGGCGGGGACACGGUGCUGAGCGAGGGGAGCAGCCUGCACUCGGGCGGCGGCGGCGGCGGCAGUGGGCACCACCAGCAUUACUACUAUGACACCCAUACCAACACCUACUACCUGCGCACCUUCGGCCACAACACUAUGGACGCCGUGCCCAGGAUCGACCACUAUCGGCACACGGCAGCGCAGCUAGGCGAGAAGCUGCUCCGGCCCAGCCUGGCGGAGCUCCACGAUGAGUUGGAGAAGGAGCCUUUUGAGGAUGGCUUUGCAAACGGAGAAGAAAGCACACCAACCAGAGAGGCUGUGGUCACGUACACUGCGGAGAGUAAAGGAGUCGUGAAGUUUGGCUGGAUUAAGGGUGUACUAGUUCGUUGUAUGUUAAACAUUUGGGGAGUGAUGCUCUUUAUUCGAUUGUCAUGGAUUGUGGGUCAAGCUGGAAUAGGUCUGUCAGUCAUUGUAAUAGCAAUGGCCACUGUUGUGACAACUAUCACAGGAUUGUCUACAUCAGCAAUAGCUACUAAUGGAUUUGUACGAGGAGGAGGAGCGUAUUAUUUAAUAUCUAGAAGUCUAGGGCCAGAAUUUGGCGGUGCAAUUGGCCUGAUCUUCGCUUUUGCCAAUGCUGUCGCAGUUGCCAUGUAUGUGGUUGGAUUUGCAGAAACUGUGGUGGAGUUGCUUAAGGAACAUUCCAUACUUAUGAUAGAUGAAAUCAAUGAUAUCCGAAUUAUUGGAGCCAUUACAGUGGUGAUCCUUUUAGGUAUCUCAGUAGCUGGAAUGGAGUGGGAGGCAAAAGCUCAGAUUGUUCUUUUGGUGAUUCUACUACUUGCUAUAGCUGAUUUCGUCAUAGGAACAUUUAUCCCAUUGGAGAGCAAGAAGCCCAAAGGUUUCUUUGGUUAUAAGUCUGAAAUAUUUAAUGAGAAUUUUGGGCCAGAUUUUCGAGACGAAGAGACCUUUUUUUCUGUAUUUGCCAUCUUUUUUCCUGCUGCAACUGGCAUUCUGGCCGGAGCAAAUAUCUCAGGUGAUCUUGCAGAUCCUCAGUCAGCCAUACCCAAAGGAACACUCUUAGCCAUUUUAAUUACUACACUGGUUUACAUAGGAAUUGCAGUAUCUGUAGGAUCUUGUGUGGUUCGGGAUGCUACCGGGAACGUCAAUGACACCAUUGUAACAGAGCUGACAAACUGUACUUCUGCAGCCUGCAGAUUAAACUUUGACUUUUCAUCUUGUGAAACCAGCCCUUGUUCCUACGGCCUAAUGAACAACUUCCAGGUAAUGAGCAUGGUGUCAGGCUUUGCACCAUUAAUUUCUGCAGGUAUCUUCUCAGCCACUCUUUCUUCUGCAUUAGCAUCUCUUGUGAGUGCACCCAAAAUAUUUCAGGCUCUAUGUAAGGACAACAUCUACCCAGCUUUCCAGAUGUUUGCUAAAGGUUAUGGGAAAAAUAAUGAACCUCUUCGUGGCUACAUCUUAACAUUCUUAAUUGCACUUGGAUUCAUAUUAAUUGCUGAAUUGAAUGUUAUUGCUCCAAUCAUCUCGAACUUCUUCCUUGCAUCAUAUGCACUGAUCAAUUUUUCAGUAUUUCAUGCAUCACUUGCAAAAUCUCCAGGGUGGCGUCCUGCAUUUAAAUACUACAAUAUGUGGAUAUCACUUCUUGGAGCGAUUCUCUGUUGCAUAGUGAUGUUUGUCAUUAACUGGUGGGCUGCACUGCUAACAUACGUGAUAGUUCUUGGACUUUACAUUUAUGUUACCUACAAAAAACCAGAUGUGAACUGGGGCUCCUCUACACAAGCUCUGACCUACCUGAAUGCACUGCAGCAUUCAAUUCGUCUUUCUGGAGUGGAAGACCACGUGAAAAACUUCAGGCCUCAGUGUCUUGUUAUGACGGGUGCGCCAAAUUCACGCCCAGCUUUACUUCAUCUUGUUCACGAUUUCACAAAAAAUGUUGGCUUGAUGAUCUGUGGUCAUGUGCAUAUGGGCCCUCGAAGACAAGCUAUGAAAGAGAUGUCCAUUGAUCAAGCCAAAUAUCAGCGGUGGCUUAUUAAAAACAAAAUGAAGGCUUUUUAUGCUCCAGUACAUGCAGAUGAUUUGAGAGAGGGUGCACAAUAUUUGAUGCAGGCUGCUGGUCUUGGGCGUAUGAAGCCAAACACACUUGUCCUUGGAUUUAAGAAAGAUUGGUUGCAAGCAGACAUGAGGGAUGUAGAUAUGUAUAUAAACUUAUUUCAUGAUGCUUUUGAUAUACAAUAUGGAGUAGUAGUUAUCCGCCUACAAGAAGGUCUGGAUAUAUCUCAUCUUCAAGGACAAGAAGAAUUACUGUCAUCGCAAGAGAAAUCUCCUGGAGUAAAGGAUGUGGUACUAAGUGUGGAGUAUAGUAAAAAAUCAGAUUUAGAUACUUCUAAACCAUCCAGUGAGAAAUCCAUUACACAUAAAGAUGAGGAAGAGGAUGGCAAGACUCCAACUCAACCACUGUUGAAAAAAGAAUCCAAAGGCCCUGCUGUGCCUUUAAAUGUAGCUGACCAAAAGCUUCUUGAAGCUAGUACACAAUUUCAGAAAAAACAGGGAAAGAAUACUAUUGACGUCUGGUGGCUUUUUGAUGAUGGAGGUUUGACUUUACUGAUUCCUUAUCUUCUGACUACCAAGAAAAAGUGGAAAGACUGUAAGAUCAGAGUAUUCAUUGGUGGAAAGAUAAAUAGAAUAGACCAUGACCGAAGAGCGAUGGCAACUUUGCUCAGCAAGUUCCGGAUAGACUUCUCUGAUAUCAUGGUCUUAGGAGAUAUCAAUACGAAACCAAAGAAAGAAAAUAUUGUAGCUUUUGAUGAAAUGAUUGAGCCAUACAGACUUCAUGAAGAUGAUAAAGAACAAGAUAUUGCAGAUAAAAUGAAAGAAGAUGAACCAUGGCGAAUAACAGAUAAUGAGCUUGAACUUUAUAAGACCAAGACAUACCGGCAGAUCAGGUUAAAUGAAUUAUUAAAGGAACAUUCAAACACAGCUAAUAUCAUUGUCAUGAGUCUCCCAGUUGCACGAAAAGGUGCUGUGUCUAGUGCUCUCUACAUGGCAUGGUUAGAAGCUCUAUCCAAGGACCUGCCACCAAUUCUCCUAGUCCGUGGGAAUCAUCAGAGUGUCCUUACCUUCUAUUCUUAA